AUGAAUACUACUCCAUCAAGAAAAAGAACAAUUAGAGAUAUUUCUAAUACUCAAUUACCACUUACUCCAACUAAAACACCAACCAAAUCCAAAAAACUCAAAAUAGAUAAUAAUAACUCUUUUGAUACAGGGAAACCUUCAUGUGUUAAGAAAUUAGAUUUUGGACUUCUUACUCCUACCAAAAAACCUUCAACUUCACCUUCAAUUCCAACAUCAAUUUAUUCUCAAGCCAAAGCAUUAUUUCAACGUGGAUCCAACGUGAGUCAUUCUAAUGAUUAUUUUUUAACUAGUCGAGAAAAAGAAGCUAAAUAUAUCACUGAUUUUGUUGCCAAUAGUAUUCAACAGAAAAUAUCCAAUAGUCUAUAUAUUUCUGGUCCACCAGGCACUGGUAAAACUGCUCAAGUUCAAUUAAUCCUACAACCUUAUCAACAGAAUUCAAGAAUACGAGUAGUGAAAAUCAAUUGUAUGACAUUAAAUAAUCCAGAACAAAUUUAUCAUGAAAUAUAUUGUAAAAUAAUGAAUAAAUUAUCAAUAUCUUUCCAUAAACGUAAAACUUGUGAUGAUUUUAUGACAUUAAUGAAUGAUAAUGAAAAUCAACAAUUUGAUUCUGUGAUUGUAUUACUUGAUGAAUUGGACUCAUUAAUCACAAGUGAUCAACAAGUUUUAUUUCAAUUAUUUAAAAUGGCUAGUAUAAAUUGCAUCCCUCAAACUAAAAUUAAAUUGGUAUUAAUUGGGAUAUCUAAUACUUUAGAUUUGAAUAGUAAAUUCUUACCAAGAUUAGUUAGAAAUAAUAUUCAAUUGGAUAAUUUACAAUUUUUGCCAUACAAUGCUGAUCAAAUUAAAUCAAUUAUAAUGAAUCGAUUAUCUAAUCUUAAACAAGAGAUCUUCCACCCGGGUGCUAUACAAUUUUGUUGCAAAAAAUCAGCAUCAAUAUCCGGUGAUUUGAGAAAGGCAUUUGAUAUAUGUUAUAAAUCAAUUGAAUUAGUAGAAAGAAGUUGUCAAGGUACCGAUACGAUUAAUAAAGUUAUGAUUCAACAUGUGGCUAAAAUUUGUAUGACAUCUUUUGGCAAUAAUGAAAAUCAAUUAAACAAUUUGAAUUUAUUACAAAAAGCAAUAUUAUGUCAAUUAUUCAAUUAUCAAAAGGAAGUUUUUUCGAAACGUUCCAACAAAACUGCUGCUACUACUACCACUCUUACGGUGAAUUCAUUUUAUGAUUAUUAUAAAAAACAAUAUGAAAUGAAUGAUUUGAUUGGACUGUUGAAACAUACUGAAUUCAUUGAGAUAUUAUAUGCAUUGGAAAGUAGUAGUUGUAUUUUGUUGACCAAUUCCAAUAAAAACAGUGGUAAUAGUAAUAAAAUUAUUAAAUUAAAUGUACCUUACGAUGAUAUAGUGAAAAGUGUUGAAAAUAUUGGAAUCUUGAAAAAAAUUUUACAAAAACCAAAUUAA